AUGGCGAACGAGGCUACAUUCAUUCUCUUUUCUCUUUUGAUUUGUUGCUGGGUAGCUUGGAAACUGGUGAGCCUAGCUCACUCUACCCGCCGGCCCGUAUCAUUUCCUCCGGGGCCUCGAACCCUGCCAUUCCUAGGCAAUUUGCAUCAAAUACCAGCCCAUAAGGCAUUCUUGAAGUAUAAACGCAACACGGAUCAAUGUUCGUCACCCACCGCUGACCUUCCUUAUAGGUUCCAAGAGUGGUCACGAGUUUACGGUCCGAUCAUCUCACUGAAGACAGGUCCUUCAAACCUUGUCAUCCUUAAUAGGGCAAAAGAUGUUAGAGAAUUAUUUGACAAACGAGGCGCAAUAUAUUCAAGCCGGCCUCCAAACCAUAUAGGCAACGAGCUCAUUACACGUGAUAAUGUGCACUUACUUCUUAUGCCCUACGGAAAAGAAUGGCGGAAUCAGCGGAAAAUUUAUCAAGCGAUUCUCAGCAUUUCGGCUGUGCGCGCUCUCACACCAUUGCAGGAAGCUGAGGCUACAUUGACUAUCUCUCAACUCGCACAAUCUUCUGAGAGCUACUACGACCAUAUUCGGAGGUACUCCACCGCCGUCAUUUUGUCUUCUGUCUUUGGUAUCCGUGGGCCUGAGUUCAAUCACCCCAAUAUCACGCGCCUCUACCAUGUCCAAGACCAAUUUACCGCCAUCCUAGAGACAGGAGCAACGCCUCCCAUUGACGUAUUUCCAUUUCUUAAACAUCUACCAGACUUUAUGUCACCCUGGCGCCGUUGGGCCCAACGGAUUCGAGCGGAGCAGCGACAGCUUUAUUUUGAGCUGCUACAGGAGGUCAAGAGCCAGCGAAAACGGGGAAUUCAACGUAACUGCUUUAUGAGCCAAUUGCUUGACGAGGAGUUUUGUGCGAAGCACGAAUUGGACGAGGAGCAUAUUGCAUACAUUGGAGGUGUGUUAAUGGAAGGUGGAUCGGACACAACUUCGUCCACACUACUUUCAUUCUUACUAGCUAUGGUCAAAUAUCCAAAGGUUUUCCGGAAAGCACAGGAAGAGGUUGACCGUGUAUGCGGGACUAAAGAGUCUCCUACAUUUGACCAACUCGCGCGAUUGCCUUAUCUUAAACACUGUGUUUUCGAAGUAGGCUUUCCUUAUCCUUCGCUGAGAGCGCUUCAUCCACUGACAAGCAUUUUCGAAGGUCCUACGCUGGAGGCCUGUCGCAGCGGGCGGCAUUCCCCAUGUGCUGAUCCAAGGUAUACGCUGAUUCCCCACGACUCCAACCAGCUGCUAAUGGUUGUAGAUGACGAAUACAACGGGUACAAAUUUCCUACAGGCACAACGUUUCUAGCUAAUACAUGGGCAAUCCACCAUGAUCCAGAGCUAUACGAAUGUCCGCAAGACUUUGUCCCAGAGCGCUACGAGGCCAAUCCUCUUGGUUUAAAACCGGACAUUCAAGAACUUCCGGAUGGCAUCCGCCAGACAUAUGGAUUUGGUGCUGGUAGGAGAAUUUGUCCCGGGUCUCAUCUCGCUGAAAACUCCCUGAGUAUCAAUCUUGCAAAAAUCCUCUGGGCAUUUGAUAUUCGCGCGGGAAUUGAUCCUUCCACCGGACAUCAGCUACAAGGCGAGGAAGUUAAUGUUGACAUAGGCACACAGUGGACAGAUGGUUUUCUGAUUGCGCCGAAACCGUUCCCGAUCGUUAUGUUAUUGCGCUCGGAGAAACACCGCGAGGUACUCAACCGGGACCUUGAUGAAGCUCAGAAGAUUUUUCAAAGCUAUGAAGAUUAA